AGAUUUUUUUCGACGCCCCUGCUGAAAAAUCAUCAUUAACAACAUGACUAGGCCGAAUUGCCGCCCCUCAAAUAGAGGCACCUGAAACCAAUGAACUGAAGUCUUCAGUUCACUGCCUGAAACGGUCGCUUCACUUUUUCACCUCUAACGCCGGCCCUGUAAAUAUAGCCGCUAUUCAGACUGAGACUGGACAUGGUUUUUAUUCGGAACGGUGAAUGAACUGUGACAUGACUGAAGUUGUGUGAAUCGACCUUCAAGUGGCGCUCUCUGCAAUGAGCUGGCGCAGUCACGUUUCAGAACAAUCAGUCUCACUGCAGUCACCUUAACGUCAGCAAACGAUUUCUCCUGAACAAUAUUUAUUGUUUUGACGGACAAUUAUUCAAUUUUUCGGAGAAAUGAAUGAUGAUGAAAAGUUGAUAGCGUGUGUUAGAAAACAUCCUGAACUAUAUGACUUGUCAAGUGAUAAAUAUAUGGAUGUUGGUUUCAAAAAUGAAAUAUGGAAGAAAAUAGGAGAUGAAUUGGAUUUAGAUGGAUCGGCAUGUAAAUCAAGAUGGAACAACAUCAGGGAUACUUACAGGAAGUCCGUCAAAAGAAACGCUAAAAAGAGAGAUCAGGGUGCUAACAAAAUAAAAAAAUACAAAUACUCAGAAAUAUUAAGCUUUUUGACGAAAUAUUCAUUGGAGGAUAGGGGAUCAAUUAGUAAUCUGGAAAGUGAGGAAGACACACCACAGACAAAAAAAGAAACUGAUGAUUCUCUUCUUCAGAUCCAAGAAGAAACAGAUGAUUCACUUCAUCACUCCCAAGAAUGUGAAUAUGAACCACGUUCAAAAAGACGUCCACCAAAUGAUACUUCACCAAGAAAACUUAGAAAAUUGGAAAAUGAACCAACAACUACAAGCAAAUUUAUGGAAUAUGUACUACUUCCAAAAAAUGAAACAGUUCAAUCACAUCAUCAAGUUGAUACUUUUGUAGCUAGCAUUGCAGCCACUUUGAAAACAUUCUCUCCAUACCACCUCCAUUUAGCUAAAUCUGAAAUAUUCAAUAUUGUUCAGAAAUACGAAUAUGAAACAAUUAUGGGACAUGAAGAAAGUAACAGAACGAUAAAUUCUCAAUUUUUUCCCACUUCAACGUCUACAAUAUCUACUCAACAUUCACCAAUCGAAAAACAAGACUGGGAUAAUAAUAUCAAAAAGGAAUAAAAGACUGCAACACAAUACUGUCAUUAGUUCCAACUUGAUACAAAUUUUAUCACUCAAAUUAAUUAAUGUUUUAAAAUUAUAAAUGUUUAAUAAAAGAACAGUU